UCUCACAGUGCCAGCAGGACUGGCGGUGUGAGCGUGUGGUGGAUGUAAUGAGCGAAACAGUGCCGCAGGAUGGAGCACCGCCCGGGACACCCAUGGAGGCCCACGACGAGUACGCCCACGACCACGCCCACCAGUACCUCGAUUCCGAUUCCCAGCCGCAGUCCGAGGACCGAGGCUCCCGGGAACUGCUUCCCGCGGGCGACGGUGACGGCGGCCACAGCACGACCGACGACGACGACGGGAGAAAGAUGUCGCAGGACUCCCUCAUCUCAGCGAGCCCUCGGGGGUCGCCGCUGCUGCGCCCCUCUCGGCGGCGCGGCUACCAGGACUCCGACUCGUGCCCCAGCGUGUCGCCCAGCCCCGACCCGGACUCGCGCCUCCAGACCUUCGACUUCAGCAUGAUCGAGGUGCCCGACGAGGGCGACGGCAUCUCGGCGGCGCUGCAGACGGAGAGGGAAUUCCUGGACUUCAUGCUGUCACUACCACAGGUGCAGAAGGAGGGUCCGGGGCGGCCGCAGCAGGUCCAGAAGGAGGCAGGAGGCCAGCCUCCUCAGGAGAUGUCGCCGCCGCCCCGGAGCGAACACCGCAGCCCCACGCGCGCCCCCGCCUCCGUGGGCGGCGUCGUGGGCACCAAGGUGGGCCUGGAUCACCUGGACAACCUCUGCCGCAUGAUGGAGCAGCUGGGGGAGCUACGCGAGCAGAACACGCGCCUGCAGAGGAGAGUGCACUACCUGGAGGAGCUGCAGACGUUGCAGGAGAUGCACCGCCACCUGCAGGAAACACUGGAGGCCCGCCGCUCCGGCCUCGGACUCGGCCCCAUUCACCUAUCGGAUUCCGACAUCCACCUGGACGAGGAUGUGGAAGGCGGCGGCGGAGAGCUGUCCCGCCACGGGUCGGAGGACAGCCUGCUCCUGCUCGGCCACCGCACACAGCACAAAGAUCAGUUCCUCGAGCUUCCAGAGUCCCCGGUCAGACGACACUCGAGCUCGGAGGAGGAGAGACGGGUGGCCACUCUCGAGAGGGACGACCGAGGACGACCACACGACAAGGAGAAGAAGGGGCAUCGCUCAGCAUGGGGAAAGGUCAAGAAUAUAAUACCUGCGCCCUCUCAGGUCAAGAGCAUGAUAAGCACACGUCGAGACAGCGUCAGGAAGAAGUCCUCCUCGGCUGGACAUCGGAAGUCAACCACGGAACGGCCGGACGUCUCUGCGGGCGUCGCCGUCGAAGUCUCCGCCGCCUCCGAUCCAGAGGAUUACGAGGUCGACUACGAGGGUCUAGUAGGGGAGGCCGUCGACCCAGGGGGCGCCGUUGGGCUGUGUCUCGAGGGGAACGAGGGGGAGUGGGAGACCGGGGGGGUUUGGGUGGGUCCGAGAGAGGAAGAGAGCCCCGCCAGCACCAGCAGCUUGGGCGCCAGGAGGGCCAAGCCGCAGCUCACCAUCACCGUCCCCUCCAGCGAGAACCUCAGCCUCCUUCAGGAAGCGGGUGACAGGGCGCGGCAACCACACAGAUCACCCGAGUCACGACACAGAAAAUGUUCACCUGCGCAGCUGGAUCCCCGCGUCUUCCCCUCGCUGCCCAUGACCCCUCCCUCGCCGCGGCGGGCCUCCAACUGGACCAAGGUCAAGAAGGCGUUCCUAACAGGUCAGCAGCAGCAUCAGGUCAAGGGCGAUGUCCAGACGGCGGGGUCAGCGGGUUCCGGGGGAUCGGCGUCGCUCCCUCCUUCGCCGAACAAGAAGACCUCGUUCCACUUCGAUGCGCCGCUCCUGGGUGUGGAAACUUCUAUCCUCGAGGACUCUGACUCCGCAGGGGCGUCCCUCGAGCUAUCUCCCGACGACCUCAGCGUCCCGAGCAUCAGCACAGCCACUCCUUCGCCGCAGCCGCAACCGACGCCGUCUCCGCAGCCUCCGUCCGCACAGCACCAUCAGCAGUCGGGCGUCCAGCGCAACCUAGCCGACCUCCAGAAGAGCCUGAGCGGGGAGUUCAACCGACGUCUGCAGGAGUGGGAGAGGCUGAAGAGCGGAGGACCCGGGCAAGGUCUUCACCACCCAGGUCUCGGAGGCGCCCCGUCCUCGCCGUCGGGAUCGGGGGCGUCCGGAUCACACCCCGAGGACAACCUUCCUUACGAAUUCCGGAAGAAGCUGCACGAGUGGGAGAAGAUGAAGGAGAGAGAGAAGGAGAAGGGAAAGAUCGACGUUCCUCGAGGCCAGGAGGACGUCAAGACCAAGAAGCACGGAGAGGACGACCUCCCAGCCGACUUCAAGAAGAAGCUCACGGAGUGGGAGAUCCGCAAGGCCUUGGUAGGCAAGAGCCAGCAGAACGUCGAGGAACUGCAGAAGAACCUCGGGGAAGAGUUCAACCGCAAGAUGGCGGAGUGGGAGAGGAUCAAAGCCUCCGCCAGUCAGCAGGGCCACGUGAAGCCAGGUCACCCUCAAGUCAAGACCUCGGCCUCCGCGGGUAACCUAGGCGGCAAGGGGUCAGCCUCUGCGGGUCAGAUGCACGUGAAACCGUCGCCGUCCGCGUCGCAGGUGACCAAGGCGCCUCUGAUUCCGGGUCAAGGGCCCGCGAGCCCGAGACUAGACAGGAAGGGAUCAGGUCAUAAAAUCAAGAAGAGCAAGGCGGCCAAGACAGACAAAAUGCCCGUGAGCAAAGCGGAGAGCAGCCACAAGGCGAGAGACAAAGAGCUGCAGUGGCUGGAAAAAGAGCUGCACAAAGUCGAACGCGAGACCCAGAGGCUGGAGAGAGAGAAAGAAAAGUUCCUGGAGAGAGCAGCCAGGCUGGAGAGGAUGCGCCAAGCCAUGGGACGCGGCCCGAUGGAGAAGAAGGAGAUUUACAUCAAGACGUCGACGGGGGAGUUUCGCUUCGAGGGCAUCAGCCAGACGUUCACCAAGAAGCUGUACGAGUGGGAGGAACGGCGGGGUAUCAGGCCCGAGUCCUCCACCAUCGCCCUCCUCGACCCCAACUACGUGGUGCCCGAGAAGAAGGUCCCAGAGAAGCCCAAGAGCCCGGAAGUUGGCAGACUCGUGAGCAGGAGGAAGUCCGAGUCCUCGCUGGCAGCUGACCUGGUGACGCCUCCCGUGCACUCCCACCCUUCGAGUCUCUCCCUGAACGAGAUCGAGGCGGAGGAAACCGGACUCCAAGCGGAAAACAAGGCGGCAAGCGAACCAACUCUAGCAGGCACAGAACCGGGGACGCCCAAGGUAGCGGUUCUGGUACAACUCGAGGAGGUCGUCGAGGAUGGUCAACACGCCCUCCACGACCCAGGGAACUCUUACGCCCCUGCGGAAAUCACCAGGAACAUUGACUCCUCCGGCAGCGAGGAGGACGUGACCCGCAGACACCGAAGGGACGACGACGAGGACGUGGUGACCAACCUGCGUCGGACGGACAGCGCAAGGACUCAAGGGUCGUAUCGCUCACUCCUGCGGGAGAAUAUGAGCCUCCUGGACAAACUCCGCCAGCAGGAGGACAUGUGCCGCGCCCUUGAGCACCAGAUGGGGGACAUCGAUUCCAAGAUGGACAACGUGGCUGACCAGCACCUGAGGACGCUUGAGAAGCUCCACCGCCAAGUGUCCAUCAUCAUGAAGGACCCCAGCAGCGCUCCUGACGGCGAGGAGGGGGACGUCGACCCCGGCGCUCCCUCAGGUGACCCCGAGGCCAACCAGCGCCUCAUCAAUCAACUCAGGUCACGCAUCGCUGACCUGGAAAUCCGCGGGGAACAUCUCAUGGACGAGAAGGUGCAGCUAGAGAGAGCCUUCAAACUGCACAAGGAGCAAGAGACCGAGAUCGCCGAGUCCUUAGUGCAAAGGAUCCGCGAACUGCAGGAUGCCGGGGCGGAAGUCAACAUCCAGACAGUGCAGUGCCAGACGGAUGAUGUCAGCUUGCCUUCGGAGGAUAGCGUGGUCGUCCUCGAGGAACCUCCCGCCGAAGUGUUUCCCGAGGAGCAGGAACCCAAGGAGGAAGCCACGAAGAGGCCGGAGAAAGUGGAGAAGGCGGUGGAGGAGGAGAGGCGCGAAGGUCGACCUCGAGAGCAUCGUAAGGUCAAGAAAACUCCUCCCAAGAAACUCCAGAAGUUGCAUAACCUGACGGGUGACCUUCUCUUCCAGGCCAAGUGCCUCGAGCAAGCACUGGUGACCAAGCACGGCUUGGAUCGCCGAGGGGACCCCCAGCAGCCCCGAGGUCACGGCCACCGCCAAAGGAGUCUGAGAGGCCGGAGUUCCCUGAGACUCGCAGGAGACGUCGGGGCGCCACAGAGGAGCCACAGAAACUCCUCCGCCAGGACGUGGUCUUCUAUUGAGGCGAUUACGUCUGUUGAGUCCCCGCAGGACUCAGGCAUAUGGGAAGCGGGGACCGGCGCAGGAUUAGAGUCCUACGGAGCGCCGAGGUCCUCCAGGGGCCCCACGGCCUCCACCACGAGCAUCGACCCCCAGGACCUGUUGGCCAUGAACGCCGAGCUGAGCCGGAUGGCCAAGGAACUCAGGCUCGAGAUGAUGAAAAUGUGGAGUUAUCGGGAAUCAACUUCACCCGAGUCAGUGUCUUCAGAGACGAUAGGACCUGAGAGUCUAGACGAAGCCAAGCCCGUCGACGACCAGUUGGUGGCCGAAGCGAAGGAGGUGUUCCAGAGCAUCGCACUUCUGCCGAAGGACAGCACUCCCCCGUCGCCUCACUCGGGCAGGUCCCCCUCCAGCCGGUCCCAUAGGUCGCCCUCCACCACCUCCCUCUCCAAGCGGCGAGGGUCAGCAGGGCAGGAGGAGAGAUGUGGCCGCAGGAGUACCGAGAGAGAGCGGAGGUCAGCCUCGGGCACGCCGGUGAGGAGAGAUUCCCAUCGGCAGCGAAAGCGUCGAGAGGAAGAGGACGAUGAAGAUGACGAGGACGACGAAGAGGAAGACGAGGAGCAACGGAAGGAAAAAUCAGACCACACGGACACAGAUAUCAGUGUGUUCCUUCCCUCCGGCGCCACCUUCGGGGAACUCCUCCUGAGGAGCAAACAGCACCACGACGAAGACGAGUCGGCGUGGGAGGGACCUCGACGGCGCUCCUCCGACGGCCUCUCCACCGUCACGUCGGGGCCGUCGCGCUCGCGCUCGCCCUCGCCCAGCAUCGCCUCAAGCGCUCCGUCCGUAGAGGCGUCGCCCAGAAUAGAUGAGGAGGAAGAGGAAAGCAUCUCCCUAGCAGGUACUUGGAGGACGACCACCACCUCGACCACGCGAUCGGGAGACUACGUUCUCUCCUCAAGCUUCGAGUGGGAGGAGGAGAACCCAGAGGAGAGAAGACGGCCCCGAGGAAGAUGGAAGGCAGUAGUCGAGGAGGAGGAGGAGGAGGAGGAAGAGGAAGAUGAAAAGGAAGACCGAGAGACUCCCAAGCCUCACGUGUGGACAGAAGCUCCCGAGGACACGAGGAGGAGCUUCGAGACGGAGGUGACCGUCGCGGCACCGCGUCACGGCAGGAGGGACCUAAGGACGCGACGUAUUUCUGAUACUCAGGUGGAGUACGAGAGCUUCGGCCACAACAACCGGGACGAAUGUUUCGCCAACACUUUCAGCAGAACCGUGUACGACGACGAAGCCCUGGCGGCGGGGAGGCUUAGCCGGAACCCCUCGGUCCGCCGAGCCAACUCACGGGACGCCGACGAGUCGCACUGGCGGCGACCUAGAACUCUUCCCUCGGUGGUGCUGGACGACCUCCCACAUUCCGACAGGUCUCCCGACGUGUUCGUGCCCACCAAGAGAACCAUCUUCACUAUGCAAGGCAGCACGCGCAACCCGGACCAGGCCAGAGCCACGCCCACUUUCGUCGACAGCCAGGAGGAGGAUGUGGCGGUCCCGUGGCGGAGGUCCAGGAGCCAGCCCGACACGCCGACGGAGAGCAACGGCCACAAGUCAAGGGAGGACUCGAAGGAGAGCAGCGCGCCGCCCACUCAGGAGGACGUCGCUAAGCCUCAGGUCAAGGAAGAGAGAACUGAGACGAAGCCUGCGGAAAAAGCAAAGGACAAGCAGAGGGCGAAAAAGAAUGCAAACAUUGUUCCGGAUGUUACCGUCAAUGGCGAAAAGGAAGCGAACAAUGGAGAGAAGAAAGAAGAAAAACCAACAGGUAGCACCGAAGCACAGCUACGAGGGGGUGAGACAGUGUCAGAUGCAGCUGCCAGUGAGGAGGUGGACUCGGAGAUGGACGCCAUCGCCGCGGAAUCGUUGGACGUUGUGCCAGCGCUGCGAGACGGAAGGAGUCCGCGGUCCCCCCAUAGCCUCACUCCAUCGCCACGUCCGUCUGGUUCCCCCAUCGGCUCCCCGCACCUGCACGCCCCCACUCCAAUCAGCCCACCGAUAGAGUCCAAAAAGAAGGUUCUGGAGGCGGCAAACGAGGGCGUCCCGACAGUCCGGAGCAUAAUCCAGAAAUUCAAUAAACGUAUAACGGAAAAUCAAGAACUCCUUGGAAGCCCUUUCAGGUCUCCGCCGAUGAGUCCGCCAUGGCAGUCCCCGCGCUCCCAGAGAAAGAUCUUGGCAGGGCUGGCCACGUGCAGCAAGCAGGAAGAUGCUUAUUCCUCCACUGGGGAUAUCAUCGGCAGUCAGUCGGAACUGCCUCGCCCUAUGAUCUACAGCCCACCCGCUGGAGUUCUUAAGUCUCUCAGCACUUCGGUCAUCACGACCAACGCUGAAAUUUCUCCUAAAGUCACUCGUUCCGCCAGUGGCUCUUUCGUCCAGGGCAGCAGUCUGUUGAUUGGCGCCUCCCCGAAGCCCGCGGCAACUUCUUCACCGCAGCACACACCAAAUACAAGUGUAACAUCUGCUGCUGACGUUUGGGGCAUUUCGCCGUCUGGAAGUCCUGCCAUAAGUCCAGCUCCCACUGACCCCGAUACUUCAUAUGAUCUUGACGUAUCUGUUGAUGAUCCUUUCCACGACCCAGCGUCAGCAUCCCCGCAGCCGGACAACAAGAGUCCCUCCGCCAGGCUGCGUGCCAUGAGAAUCAAAAAGGCAAAGGAAGACUUCCUUGCCCGCGGCGCCGCACCGUUGAGUGCCGCCGAACAAAGACACAGCGGCAGCCAAGACGACCUCAAAAUGCGGCACCGAAGUGGCACUGCCAGCACCGACGACACCUGGCGAGAUUCCGACGAGCUUUUUGCAGGAGGAACGUCGCCCAUGCCUUCGCCUGCGCCGACGGAAGAGGCGUCUCAGGACGGUGGCGACGCGCCGGACCAGUUACCAAGGACAUCAUCCAAACGUCGCAACAUUCCAAAAAAGGAGUCAUUCCGGAGGCAGAGCGCUGGCUGCCUGCUGGAAGAAUCUGCUUCACAAAAACUGGCUUCACAGGUAGUCAAGUCGGCUUCGUCCGGAGUUCUCAGCAGUGGCAGGGGGAAUUCCCGGUAUUCCAUAGAUUCUCAGUCCCCGCUCGACAGGAAGGCCUCCGUCGACCCGUCCACGGGCUCUGGCAGAUCCUCUCGAGGGAUAUUCAGGUUGUUCAGACGUACAAAGAACCGCGACAAGAAAGACAUGCCAUCAGUGCAGAGGUUGUGUCGACAGAGCCUGCUCGUGGACUUCGCCAAUGGCAAAGGCCGCACCAAAAGCGCCUCCCCGCAGCCUUACUCGGACCUGCGCUCGCUGCCGGAAAUGGAGGGCGAGGAGGUCCAGGAGAUGGCCCGCUCCUCCAGAACGCUACCUCGAAGUAGCACGGGGGAGGUCGUGCCUCCAGCACCAUCUCGCUCGUGCCCGUCGUCGCCCGUGGCCCAGCACCGGUCACGGACAGCGAAUUGGAUAGCUCGAGGACGACAGAUCUUCAAGAGUCGGUCUCCCAGUCCGAGCAAAAAGCCGCGGUGACGUCAUACCUGAACUUACAGUGUACAGUCUCUGGUUGGUUCCUGGCAAAAGAUACGCAGGCCUUUUCCUGUGGGCGCGAGGGGACGUGCUGUUUGUUACUCUUUCGUGAGCGGACUCCCCCUCAGAUUGGGCCGUAAAGUAUCGACUGAUAUUAACUAUCAGUGAAGAAAGAUUUUUCAGCUGUAGUGCGUCAUCACGCCCUUACAAUUACGCGAUCCUCAAUGAGCGACAGUAAAGGUUGUUUGAGGAUCAGUACAUGAAAAUGAGAAUAUGUUUUCCUCGUGUUUAGGAAAGAAUGAUAAAUACACAUGGAAGAUAAUUUUCCUAGGUCAGUUACUUUGAUAGAAAUCUCGAAAUAUGUGGAAUUUUGAAUUUUGAGAGCCAUUUCAUAGAGUUCGAACUGCUCUAUCAUCUAUGAACAUUACCCAUAUGGCUUUGACUCUAGAAACUUUGUUUUAACCGAUCAAAAUCUUUCACACUUUCGAGAAAACUUUUUUGCGACGAAAAGGACCAAAAGCAACCAUUUUUUUUCUCUUCAUGUUGAUAGUGUCAUUAUCUUCGUAUGCGAUAUCACAGCUCCAGAAUGUUUAGCUUUACAAAAGGUCCUGAAACCUGAUUUCGACUUUGUGAUUACCUGUGACAAAAUAUUCUUUGUACUUACGGCUUUGAACUUACAUGACCUCUAAGGCCUUAAAUAAGUUUAAGUAUAGUUAUUGUGCUUAUAUUUUGUCUCGAUGGCGUAUCUAAUCCUAAGCAGUGUGUUCGAGUCGUUUUUACUUAAGCUCAUGUAAGGCUUUGGAAGCGGGCUUGGAGUAUAUGAGUGUCUGUACUUGAACGUUUGUAAAUAAAAUUUCUAAACACUUUCA